AUGCAAUAUACCAGCAGAGGCCCCCAACUAGGAUCUGCCGUAUCUUUUGGCCGGUUGGAUCCUGGAAUGAAUAGCAGGAGUCUGCAGGCUUCUGAUCAGGCUUUGGCUGUCAAACUGCUCAAUGUUUCCCUCUCUGAAAUUGCAAUACAUUACUACGAGUCGCAAAUUCUUCUUCGAGAGGCGGCACAGCAAGUGGCCAACGCAUUCGGAGUAAAUUCUCAAAGGGUCGUUCCUCUGCAGCUCAGACCCGACGACCGCGAACCAACAAAAUGCACAAUUUGGACUUUCCUGAUUCGCGACAUACCUGCUCAUGACCAGUUGGGUCAGCUUAGAGAAAUCCUUCAGCGAUCUCCCGACGCGUUAGGCCAGUGGCACUUUGGAAGCAGAAAGGUUUUGGUGGAGCCGCUGAUCACUGGCUCUGCGGGAGUAUCUGACCACGUUUCUUUGCCACUUCUGCAAAAGACAUGGCAACGCCCAGGUGUUGAAGCAAAGUGGGAUCAGGAGGAAGAGCUGUGGCUGGAACUGCUCGAUAUCAACUGGUCAGAUGAUAUGAAGAACGAUGUGUCCCGUUUUGAGGAUCGACUGCUGGGGUUGCGAAGUGCAUUAGUAUCAACCCUUGAAUUAGUGAAUCCCAGAGCUCUUCAGAUUGCCAAAUACUUCCAAACUGAUGUUGGGACGGCGAUAGGCAUUACUGUAUCAGAUUGCCUUGCCUGCAGCCCCGUGUCUCCAGAUACUGAAAAGCACAAGGAGCACCUUAAGCAGUGCCAGCAGGCGCUAGAUACUGGAGCGCUCACACGGAAAGUCCCAUGGCUUGCUGAAAACUUUCCAGCAGUUCGCAGUUCUCAGACAGGUAUGCUGAUAUACGCUGUGCUGGAAGGAGCUUAUUUGGUGCGCCGAUAUCCCCCUAGAAUUUGCUUAAUCCCACACAAUCUUAAAAACAAAGAUAGGAAAGUUCAUGGCAUAUUCCGCAAGCAGCUUCGCCUUGAGGAUGGGGACGAAGGAUCCGCGCAUCUCUGUUGUUCUGUGUCCUCUGCAGGUCGCCCUGUACCAUCGGUUCUAAUGCAACCAUACAGCAGCACAUCUACAAAGACACCAGCUUUUCGGGUAACAGAAGUGCUGGGUGCUUACUCUCUUCCAUAUUUUAAAGGUGACGCGUUAGAAGUUAUAAUAGAUUAG